GUCUGGCUUUGCCAAUUUCCUCCCUCGAAUCGCGGCCCGGAGGAAUCGCAAGCUCUCACGGUGCGUCUUGUCGCCAGCGCCUUGCCUCGCAAUGGUUGAUUUCGGUUCCCGCCUCCAUGACCUACUUGCGAAAAACGCGCCUUAGGUCGUGGAUAUUUCGAUGCCUCCCGUCUCUCGACAGCGUAGACCUCUGUCCUAUGAAGACCCGUCGCUUUCUGACGAAGAUGUCGGCCUUCUCUUCCAGGUCAUCACCCGCGCCGAGCGAAGCCCAGAGGUCGAUCGCCUUCCCUUCAGAGUCCUUUUCCAAGCAUACGACGAGGUCAUUGCCGAACAUGGCGUCGACGCGGAUCCGGGCUAUGCCUGCAUGCGAUUCCUGCUCAAAAUGGGCAAGAAGAACAUCGUAGGCGAUUCUCUUUUUGACAAGUUUGAGAACCUGCUGGAACAAAACGGAAUAGUUAUAGAAUUUGGCGGGGAAAAUGAUGACGACAAUGAUGAAGAAAACGAAACUUAUGAAGAUAGUGCGCCCGUGGUGGAUGGUCGACUUCGCGCGAGGGUGGACCGCGACAGUACGCCUAGGGAAGACACGACGCAAAUAAUCCGACGAAGACGAGCGUCCUUCAAUUCGAUGUAUGACGUUGGUGACGAUCCCACGCAAAGGAGCCUUCUCAACCGGCCAAGCUCACGCUCGUCUCUCUCUCGUCUGCCUAUGGAGAAGCCCGAUUUCACGGAUCUCCGACCAUCGCCGCCAAGAAAUGCGACGACCAGGAAAGCUGCAAACUCACCCGACCGAACGCAAUUGAUCGCACAAUUUAUCGAUGUGGGACGUCGCUUGAUGAGCCGGAUGGAUCUUUUGGAUCCGGAAAAGAAUCAAAAGGUUGCCUCGAACGGCGUUGAAGCCAGAUCUGCAGUUGACGAAGACCGUUCGAAGCGAAUCGCAGAAGCUUCACAAUCGCGUCGGCGACAGCGCUCGCCAAGCUCAAAGGCUUCAGAUGAAGACGUGGAAGAGUCAUCGGCCUCGGACGACCCAAGUGAGACCGUUGAUCGACCUGAGGUACCGCUCGAGCUGUUGUAUAGGCCGUCGCUGUCAGAUUUGCUGCGAGAUGCAUCGACAUUCAAUAUGUACCGUCAGCGUGCCAUCAACCGCCGAAUUCUUACGCAAUGGCUGAAGAAGGCGAUACAGACGCGACAGAGCCAUCAGAAUAUGGAAGUGGUUGCUGUCAACCGGGAUCGCCUUACUCUUGUUCGCCAGGCAUUCGAUACGUGGCACACGAUUAUUCAAAAAAAGCAACAAGCAGAGCGGACGGAAAAGUUCUUCAAACGCCUAGAAGAGCGUGCUGGUAGGGCUAGAGACCUUUACCUCAUGACCAAAGCUUUCACCCAUUGGGCUCAGGUGUCUUCUGAAGAGAUUGCAAGAACGUCCGCUGCGCGACAGCACGUCCUCGGUGUCAAAUACUUCAAUGCGUGGCGUGAGAUAACCGCCGUUAAUGAACUCAAGGCGCAGAGGUUCGCGUUGCGAAGGCCAUUCAAUGCCUGGAAGAAGAAGCUCCACCAGGUCAGAGAAGCAGAGGAAAAGGCUGUGGUCAGAUGUAAUGAACAAGCCACGCAUAACGUUUAUUGGCAAUGGUUCUGGUGUUUCUGCGAACGACGCGCUCCACAGUGGUACGACAAUUGCUUAAAAAGGCGGUCGCUGUUGUACUGGCUGCGCAAAUUUCGAAACAACAGAGAGCGGAUCCAUGAGAUUGACCUGAACAACAAGCACAAUGCGCUCAAUUUGGCGUGGCAGGCCUGGACUGAACGAUCGAAGGCUGUUGCUGCUGGCCAGCAGGAAGCAGUCUCCCGAGAGCGCCGGCAGCUUUUGGAGGUUAGUAUUGGGGAAUGGAGGAUCCAGUCCCAACUUGCACCGGCGGCUUCUCAGGUUGCCGCCAUGGUUGACAAUCGCAUCGUUAAAACGGCAUUUGGACAUUGGGUCAAACGGGCUCAGAUGGUGUCACAAGCAAGGGAGCUGAAUCGACAGAGGAUCGUACGCAAUUCGUGGACUUCUUGGAACGACCUGCUCCGAUGCCAGGCUCUGAGUGCGCGAAUCGAAGAACGCUUGAAGAUGGAAACCAUGUACAAAUGGAUACUGGCAGAGCGGUACCGGCUAAUGCAGCGUAUUCGAGAGCAGCGAAUUACGCGUGAUGUCUUUUCCACAUUCGUUACCAACGUCCGCAGCACAUACUCUCGACUACUCGAUAACGCGGAACGACACGAGGAAAAACGAAACAAAGAGCUUCUCCGGUCGAAAUUUACCCUUUGGCGCGGUCAACUCUCCCUCCAACACCAGCGCGACGUCGUUGCCUUCGAAUUCUAUGCACCGCGUCUGGCGGAGGAGUCACUUGUGGCAUGGCGAUCGAAGCUUGACAGCGUCGCGAAACUUGACGCAUGGGCGCGUGAUGCACAAUAUUAUUUCGGCACAACAAGGACGAUGAAAAAGUGGCGCAAAGCAACAGUGGAGGCUGCGAAGCGGCGCCGCCAGGACGCCUACUCGCAAACUCGAAGAAUGAUCAAGAUCAACCUUGCUUCAAGGGUCUUGGGAUCCUGGAGUAUCCAAGCUCAGCACGUUUCUGACUUGGAGCAACAGGCUCUGCAGUUCAGCCGAAGAAAAUCCUUGACUUUGGCAUCUGGAUUUUUGGACCAAUGGCACGAGAAAGCCCAGAGACAGAUACAAGACGCAAUCAAUGCCGACACCUACUUUUUCCGACGUAUCGCCUACAACCAACUGAUACGGCUGGCCGAGGUCCUGAUAGAAUGGCAUCGCUUGGGAGAACAGGCAGACAGCGUGUAUCACCUGCAUGUCCUUGGCCAGGCCAACGUCCAUCUUCGGAGACUCAGCCUGCGCGUUUUCCAGAUUAAGAGCUCUGCCGAGACAGCGGGCGCCAUGAGAGAACGAAGUUUAAGGAGACAUUCGAGAGGCAUGUUCCGUAACUGGCUCGAGAAGACCCGAAUGAAUAUCGAAGCUCGCGAUUCUCCCGGACCCCUUAUGAGCCCUGCGAAGACCUAUGAUGGGGCCAGCCGAGCGGAUCAAGCCAUAUUCGAUCCUUGGUAUCCAUCCGAGACGCCCUUCAAGCUGGGUGACUUUGUCGGCGGCUCUCCGGCUCCUUCUCCCAACCCGUUGGCUACCCCCAACUUCAUGAGCUCCCCAUCUAAGCGGGCUGCGCGCGCAAGGGUACUGGCCCAGGUGUCCACCACGCCCGCCACCCCAUUGCAGACGCCGUUUGCGAGCCGGCUUCUCCGUGCCCGGACGGGGUCACUCCCCAAGACCGCCUCGAGUAAACGGCCUCGCAAUGGCCGGGCCAGCUCACUAGGGACCAGCGUCCGGUUCGUCGACGAGGAACCGGAAUCACCCACGGACGGUAGGAGAUCGUCCGGACGACGAAUGUGAAGUCUCCAGUACUUCGACACGUGUGAAUGCCUUGCGAUUCUGUAUUUUCUGGCUUGUCUACUGUGGGUUUAGACUUGGGAUAGGCGUAUUUUGAUACCCUUUCGCGUUGUUCCGACAUGUAUUCUGCAGCAAUAUGAACUAUUGUUUAUUUCUGUUUUUCUCAUCAUUAUCUUCUGUAUAUAAAGAUUCGUCCA